AUGCAACAAGCGUUUUUGGAUAAGUACUACUCUAUGGCAAAGACCGACGACGCUCGUGAUGAAAUUAGGUCUUUUCGCCAAUUAUCGGGCGAAUUGUUGCAUGAAGCCUUCACAAGAUUCAAAGAAAUGAUGCGGAGAUGUCCACAUCAUCAAAUUGAGAAGUGGGAAUUGGUAAAGUGUUUUGUUCGAGGGUUGGAUGACACAACAUGGAAUCGUCUCGAGUCGACGAGUAACGGGACUCUUUUGAGCAACCAUGAAGACGAUGAUUGGGAAUUCUUGGAGCGAAUGAGUAAACGUUCGAAAGAGAAAGAGUCGGCCGAUCGAGCCAAGAAACAUCCUAUUUCCCGUUCACUUCCCGAUCUUGAUUCUAAAGAUCAGAUUUCUACUUUAGAGCGGGAAAUGGCUCGAAUGAAGAAGAAAGAAGUUAAUGCGGUCCAGUUUGAUGUGUGUGAGGAAUGUGGUGAUAUUGGACAUAGAGCAGAACAAUGUCCAACAGGACCGGAGGAAGUCAAUCAAAAUUAUAAUAAUCAAGGCGGUAACGGAAGCGGGUUGAACAAUCAAACCGGUGGCGAUGACUUGAGUGCCAAGAUGGAUGCCUUGCUGAACAUGCAAAAGGAAUCUCAAAGCAACAUAAAAGAGACUCACAAUGAUGUCAAAGAGAUGAAGAAGACAAACGAGAUUCGAGAUAAAGCACAUGAGGCAUUGGCAAAGCAAGUGGGCCAACUUGCUCAAGAGAUAGCUCAAGUGAGAGGAAGCAUGGGAAAGCUUCCAAGUGACACUACAGUGAACCUGAAGCAUCAAGGUUUUAGCACAAGCAACGUGAGGGAUGCACGCAUUAGCGCGGUAAGUAUUCUUUUAAAUGAUGAAGUUUGUAGUGUUGAAAACAUUCCACCACCACAAUUCGUUGAUGGUGUAGUGGAAAAUAUAGGUGAGGAGCCAGAAAGUGAAAAUGAACACGAAACGAUUUCACAAAGUAAAAAUGAAAACGUAACUAAAAAUUCUUUUUGUGAAAAUUGUUUAAAUCAACUUAACCUGCUUAAUGCAUCGAAAAGUGAAGAACGGUGCCCACCGAAGGACGAGGGGUGGGAAAAUUUUAAGCAAGCUAAAAUUAAUUUACCGUUACUAGAUGACAUUAAAAAGGUUCCGGCUCAUGUGGAAUGCUUAAAGGAGUUAAGCAUUGAAAAACGGCACAACAAAUUACCCAAACCGGUUGAUUUGAUAUCUCAUGUGAGUGCCGUUUUAUCGAGUGCCCUUCCCCCAAAAGCUCAAGAUCCGGGAGAUCCUCUUAUUCCAAUUCAAAUUGGAACAUUUAAAAUUGAGAGGGCGCUCCUAGAUCUUGGAGCUUGUGUGAGCAUCUUGCCCGGGAGUUUGUAUGACCAAUAUGACUUUGGUCCAUUAAAAAAUUUUGAUACUCCCGUGGUAUUGGCCGAUCAGACUCCCACGUAUCCAAGGGGGAUGGUGGAGGAUGUGAUUGUUAAGGUGGAUGAUUGCUACUACCAUUUGACGUUUUGGUAUUAG